CUUGUAUUUCUAACUUGAAUUUUAAUUCGCGUAAUAUUUUAUUUUAAUUUUUAACAUUCCUCUUCUUUUUAACCUUUCUUUAUUCUUCUCGUUUUCUGUUUUUUUUUCUUCGCUCUGAUCACUUACUGGUUUGCUCGUGUUUAAUCUGAGAUGAAUCGAACAACUGUUUCAAUUUGCGUCACACUAAUUUUAGGGUUUGAGAUUUCAUUUGAAGUAACAUUAGCUACUGCGAAGUGUGAAGAUCUAACGUAAUUUUUCAGCAAUCUUCAGGGGCAAUUUCGGUAGUUCACGAAUGUCCGGUGCAUCUGAAUCAGCGGCGGCCAUGGCUAACCGCGACAUUUUCGGCGUAUCUCCGACCGCCCUUCAGAAUCCGGCAACAACUGUAAACGCGGACGCUUCUCAGCCUCAGAUGGAACAUCACAUGGCAAUUUCCUACAAUUCGGACAACGGUGUACCGCAAGUGGGGCCGCCGCCGCAUUACCAACCUAUCCUCGCCGGCGCCACCGCGACCUAUCACCAGGUGAACAUGAAUUCCGGGGAGCAGAAACGGAAGAGGGGGCGGCCGAAGAGGUAUGGCCCCGACGGAGGUAUGUCUGUCUCCACAGCUCCGCCACAACAGCAGCAGCAGACUUUCUCCCCGCUGCCGCCGGCGGCGGAGGUGCCUCCUCGGGCGGAGAUCCCUCCAUCCGGCUUGGCCUCACCCACCGUCAAGAAGGCCAGGGGCAGACCUCGUGGUUCGCAAAAUAAAAAGAGGAAAAGUGAUUUCACGGAAGCUUCAGGUUCAGCUGGUAUUGGAUUGUUACCCCAAAUAGUCAAUGUGAAUGCAGGAGAGGACAUCUCUUCGAAAAUAUUAGCUGUUUCGCAAAAUGGCCCCAGUGCUGUUUGUGUUCUCUCGGCAAGUGGGGCAAUAUCGCACGUUACACUUCGUCAGGCUGCCACAUCUGGUGGAACAGCGACCUACGAGGGUCGAUUUGAUAUUUUGUCGCUGUCUGGCUCGUUUAUGCUACACGAAGUUGGUGGCCAAAGGAGUCGAACGGGUGGCUUAAGCGUCGCUUUAUCCGGCCCAGAUGGCCGGGUGUUGGGCGGCUCUGUGGCUGGUCUAUUGGUGGCAGCAUCCCCGUCACAGGUUGUAGUAGGAUGCUUUGAGCCAGAUGGUCAGAAAGAAUCUGGACAAAAUCACACGAUGCAACCAAUGGUUAACCAUGGUGGUGCUGUGGGUCCCAACAGCUCACCUUCAAGAGGGAGUCCGAGUGAGUCCUCUGGUGGGCCCGCCAGCCCUCUAAAUAUGAGCUCGGGUGCAUGCAUCGACCUCCCAGAUGGCAUGCCGUGGAAAUGAAAUAAUGCCCUCAUAGUUAGGACCCUGUAACAUUUGUACUUUCUGUAAUAUGGGGAGCUUUUUUUUUUUCAGAAUAAAUCAGCCUCACUUCUUGAGUCGAGUCUUAUGGGAUAUUCUUUAAUAGUUAACUGAGUUUACUUUGCUUUGUAUUGCUGCGACUGUAGUCUUGCAGGUAAUAGUGAUUAGUUAUUGUUAGAAAAUCAGUAAACUAAAAUUGGGUUUGGCUAGAUUUUGACUGAUUUUUUAUAGCUAAAUAUUUAAUUUGUGUUAAAUUAAAUUGUGUAAAAAAAUAAUACAUCUUGAGUACUCGUGAUAUAUUUAUUUUCUAAAUAUUGAUUUUUGGUGAGUAAGAAUAAA